UUGAGACAGAAAACAGAUCGAGUAGAUUCAUAAAGAGAGUAGAGAGAGGAAAAAAGAAACGCACAGAAACACACUGAAGCUUCCACCAAAGUGACCUGCUUCGGAACCGAAACCUCCUCCGCCUCGAUAAUUAGUCCAUUUGGGAUCGGAGGGAGUAACUCUAGGCUCCAGCUCCCUCUCGGCAGCAGCAGUAGUGCAGCACCAUUUUCCCACGCCCUUCCCAUCCCCAUUCCCCCACACCCGGAAGAUUCCCACCCCAAGCCAAACCCCAUGGCGACGCGCGCAGCUCCGGUCAUCGCCUGCUUCGCCGUGUUCGUGUCGAUCGUCGCCGUCCAAGUUCCAUCCUUCCUCGACCAGUCGGCUACCACCGCGACAACCGCUGAAGCUUGCCCCCUCGACGGCGCUGUACUCCAAGUCAUGCUGCCGUUGGCCGCGAUGGAUGCCCUGUUCACCGCCGUGGCGUUCAUCUACGGCCACCACCUGCACCACGCCGCUGACGCCGGCAACAGGCGCCUCACGGGGGUCUUCACCUUCAUCGCAUGCGCGUCUGUAGGCCUCCUCCAGUUCUUCUUGUUCGUCCAGCAGCCUUCACGCGGCGUGGACGGCGGCGCCCAAGCUCACGCGCUCCGUGUGGCUGCUGUCCAUGCGUUGCCUGCUGCGGCUGCUGUGACGACGUUCUUCCUGGGCGUGACGCUCAUCUACGUGCACGUCGGCAACGGCGGCGGAGGUGCUGGCAGUGGCGCGGUCGCCGGCAACGGACCGGUCCCGGAGCUCGCCGUGUGGGUCCUCACCAAGACAACACUCGGAGCUGCACUCAUCUGCCUGAUGGCCAUCGUCCUUGCCCUCUAUAUCAAGUAGCAAUUGGGGACUAAGCACGUUGCUUCAAUAUAUACCAUCUUGAUCGCACGCGGGGAUCGGAGAUAAGACUUGAUGCAGAUUUAGCCUUUAAACCUAGCUACAACAAGAGCAUGAUUGAUCACACAUGCUUCUUUUGAGACUUGAACUCUAUUGUGAUCGUGCUAUGUCCUGUGAUACUUCUUAUUGAUUAUACUAUUGUGAGAUUAAUGAUAACCAUGAGAUUGUGGUGAGUAUA